UUCCUGCACCAUCAGAGAAGUGAACAUCAGAACAUCAACACAAGAGUGGCUUCACUGGGCACAGAUUUCCUCUGUGAGGACUUCAGACUCAUUGUUGAGACUUUUGGGGAAAAGUCUUCGUGAACUGAAGAGGGCAGAGUUGCCACUGCCGGCUAUGAAGACCAGCAUCCUGCUUUUGUUCCUUUGGGGGUUGUCCUGUGCUCUCCCAGUAGCCAGGUAUCAUAAUACUGAAUCUGAGAGCUCUGAAGAAUGGACGGGUCAUUUGGCUCAGACACCAACACCACCCUUGGAGAGCAGUGAGUCAUCUGAAGAAAGUAAAGUUAGCUCAGAGGAACAGGCCAAUGAAGACCCUAGUGACAGUGUUGAAUCAGAGGAGGGCCUUGAUGAUCAUCAACAUGUGCAUAGACCAGCUGGUGGCCUCUCUAGGAAUGGAGGAAAAGAAGGAGAUGAUAAAGAUGAUGAUGAAGAUGACAGUGGAGAUGACACUUUUGGUGAUGAUGACAAUGGGCCAGGACCUGAAGAGACACAAAAAGGAAACUCCAGACUCAAAAGUAAUGAAGACUCGGCUGACAUCACACAAUCCAGGGAAGACAGUGCACCGCGAGGGGAAGACAGUGCCCAAGAUACUACCAGUGACAGCAGGGACCUUGACAAUGAGAAUGAGGUGAAGAGCAGGUCUGAGGGAGGUGGCUUUGCUCAAGAUAGUGAGAGUGAGGAACACUGGGUUGGAGGUGGCAGUGAAGGGGAUAGUAGCCAUGGGGAUGGCUCUGAGUUUGAUGAUGAGGAAAUGCAGAAUGAUGAUCCAGACACUAUCAGGAGUGAGAAAGGCAACCUCAGAAUGAGCAGUGCUAGUGUCGAAUCAAAAGGAAAGAGCGAUGAGCAAGCAAGCACUCAGGAUUCAGUUGACAGCCAAUCAAUGGAGUAUCCGAGGAGGAAAAUUUUUAGAAAGUCCCGCAUUUCUGAGGAGGAUGACAUAGGUGACCUUGAUGAUAGCAACAUAAUGGAAGAUGUCAAGAGUGACUCCACAGAAAACACCAAUUCCAAAGAUGCUGGCCUCAGCCAAUCCAGGGAAAACAGCAAAAGUGAAUCUCUAGAAGACAGUGAGGAGAAUCAGUCUCAAGAAGACAGUCAAAAUGUACAAGACCCCAGCAGUGAAUCUAGUCAAGAGGUUGAUCUGCCAUCUCAAGAAAAUAGUAGUGAAUCUCAGGAAGAUGUAGUGAGUGAGUCCAGGGGUGACAACCCAGAUAAUACCACCAGUUACUCAGAAGAUCAGGAAGAUAGUGACUCCAGUGAAGAGAACAGCUUGAACAAACCCUCUAGUUCAGAAAGUGAAUCAAGAGAGGAGCAAGCUGAAAGUGAAUCCAAUGAAAGCCUCAAUGACAGUGAAUCCAAGGAAAGCCCAGAGUCCACUGAGGACGAGAAUAGUUCUAGCCAGGAAGGCCUCCAGUCUCACAGUGCCUCAGCAGAGAGCGAGAGUAAAGAAAGCCGGUCUGAGCAGGACAGCCAGUCUGAAGAAGAUUAUGUCAGUGAUUCUCAGGACAGCAGCAAAUCAAAAGAAGACAGCAACUCUACUGAGAGCAAAUCAAGCAGUGAGGAAGAUGGUCAGUCAAAAAACACUGAGAUAGAAAGCAGAAAAUUAACAGUUGAUGCUUAUCACAACAAACCCAUUGGGGAUCAAGAUGACAAUGACUGCCAAGAUGGCUAUUAGCAUCAGCAUCAGCAUCACUAGCUUUCCUAAGAAGUGGCUCUCACAUACAGGAGUCUUGGGUGUUGGGGAAUAGGGAAAUCAUUAUAACUAUAAUUUAUUGAUGUUUUUAUCAGAAGGACAACCAGAGGCCAUUUCUUUCUGAAAGGAAAUGCUGGAUAUUAUAUUUGUUUCUAGAGUGUCACCAAUUUAUAGGGGUUUAAAUACUGUCAAAUGAUACCAGAACACACUCAAUGAGACUGGAAGCAAGGAAAGAUGUACAGCUUCACAACUGAAAUAGUUACUAACUCAUUAACAUAACAGUUAUUGAGGUUCUAUUAUGUACCAGGUACUGUGCUAGGUGCUGGGAUAUAAUGAAGCUUAAGGCUUGUUUCUUGCUCCUGAGGAGCUUAUAGAGGGAUAAAUAAAGUUCAAAAGCUAAAGAGGGAUACAUAUGAGGGAAACAAGAAUUAUAACAAUGCAAUGUGGUGAGUGCUGUAAGAGGUAUGAUCAAAAUACAUGGCAGCACAGAACAUGGGACUAACUGUGCCUUGGAUAAUCAGGGAGGGCUUCAAAAUAGGACACUAGAGUUGGAGCACUGCAUAAGAUUUCUCCAUUGAAGACAAGAGAAUUCUGUUUAUCCUUGGGAUAAGCAACAGUGAAUCCUAUAUGAUGAAAUAUUUAGUUUGUGAAAACACUUUCAAAUUACAGCACAGGAGGUAUUUUGGAUAAACAAAACUUUGUUUUGAUGCUUUUUGCGGAAUUCCCAUGAACACUGCCUCACUUACAACUGGUGAUAUGAUAUGGAAGGCUGGGUGGGAAAUAGUAGAAAGAGAUCCCUCUUUGAAUAGAUAGAAAACUUUUAGCUUUAUUUUUUUCCUAAAGUCAGUCUAUGUGCAAUGCUGGAAAACUAUUCUCUGAGUCUUUUACAUAUGUUGCACAUAGCGAAAUUGUGUACAUAGAAUUCAAUUGAUUUUUGCCAAAUAUCUUUUGAAAUGUUACCUCAACAUAAAAUAUGUUUUGUAAUAAAGACAAUAAUAUCUAGAAGAAAUGUGUGCUUAUUUUUAUAGUGAUAUUAAUUAUUAGGAAACAUCUGUA